AUGGGUAUAACGAAACAAUAUUUACGUUAUGUGCAUAGUGGGACAUGCAAUGUGGUUGCUUCAACAAACGGUUCCAUAGCAUCAGUCAAUAGCAAUGUGUGUGCCGUAUCAGCAUGCGAGAAUGUCAAUUUCUACAAUUUAAGGACAUGCGAAAAGGUGAACGAAUUGAAUGAAUCGGAUAAAUGCGUAACAACGUUAAAAUUCAGCACUAAUCGGCGGUUUUUGGCAGUUGGAUAUGCGGAUGGUGUUAUUCGGUUAUUUGAUCGUAAGAAUGAAGAUGGCCAGGUUUACGCAACCUUCGCAGGUCAUAAAACUGGUGUUAAUUGCUUAGCGUUCAGUCAUGACGGCCUUUUACUUGCCAGUGGUGGAAAGGAUUCAACAAUAAUAUUGUGGGACAUUGUGAAUGAAUGCGGCUUGUUCCGUUUGAAUGGACACAAAGGUUCAGUAACACAGUUACAAUUCACGUUGAAUGGAAGAUAUUUGAUAAGCAGCUCAAAAGAUACAUUUGUUAAAUUCUGGAGUUUGGAUUCUCAAAGCUGCUUCUACACGUUGACUGAUAGUCGUUCAGAGGUUUAUACAUUCGGAUUGGUCAAAGAAGAUUCGUUGUUAUUACUGGGUACGGCAGAGGUGGAAAUACGUGUUAUUGAGUUAGUUUGGUUGGAGAACGAGGGCGGGAACGACGAUCGAACGAUUGAGGCGAAGAGACAAAAAGAAGAAAUCGACAGUAAAAUUAUUGACGUAGAUGAUGAUCUAGCGAAUGGCAUAGUUCGUUGUAAGAAAAGAGGUCAGCUGCUGCGUUCAUGCAAAGGAAGGGCAUUACAAAUGGCAAUUAGCAGCGAUGAAAGGAUCGUCGCGUGCGUUGGAUCAUCAAACGUGGUUGAUAUUUAUCGAAUUUAUUCAGAAGAUGAAACGUUGAAACGGAUUAAUAAAAAGUUGAAAAAGGCAAAGAAGAGAGUUGCUGAAAGCGAUGAUGUCGAAAAUUCAAUUUCGGAAUCGGACAUAUCAAAGGAUGUUACGACUCUAAUCUCAAGAAUUGGAGAUUAUAAAUCUGAUGUGAAAGUUAAAUCCGUUGAUUUUUGUCGUUCUUUUUCUGAAGUUGCGCCACACUGCUAUGAAUAUCCGGUUAAUCAUAAUAAUUACAUAGAUGUGACAGAAAGUUUCUGCCAUCCCGAGGAAGUUUUCCGAAAACUUUCUGCCAUACUCAGUAAGUUGCAUAUUCAUAAGCAAAUGUUCAUUCUUCAAUCAAAUAAUACUGUUCAUCGAAUAACAGCAACAGUCGAUUUGAAAUCCAAUGGCAUCGAAUGUGGCACUAUUUCAACGCUGGAUCAGUGGACUUUGCAGUUAGGACAUCGAACUGAUGUACGUUGCUUAUCAAUGGCCGAAAAUGAUUUUGGCUUCGUAUCUGGUAGCAGCGAAUUAGCAAUUGUAUGGAAUCGUUACAAUCUCAAGGUUGUGAAUGUGUUAGAGGAUGAGAAAAUGAAGGAUGUAACGGCGGUUUUGUUUGUACCGGGUGAUAAGCACGUGCUCACGGGCACAAAAGUGAGUGACUUUUCAGUUGUUAUCUUUAUGAAUUCUUUUCGUCUUUUGUAUAUUCAUUCAUUCAUACUGUGGUUUUGGAAUGUUCUCGUUGAAUGCACUCACGAUCCAAAUAUUCAGAAAGGAUUUAUUUCGUGUGGUGCGGACAAGAAAUUAAUUUAUUGGUCAUAUGAACUGGUUGAUGAAUUUGACAGAAAACGACUGUCGAUGCAAGAAAAAAGAAUACUCGAAUUACCUGAUGAAGCAAUGAGCGUUGCAGCAAGUAAUGAUUCGAAAUUCGUUGGUGUUGCUCUGUUGGAUAACACGGCACGAAUUCAUUUUGUUGAUACAUUCAAACUGUUCGUAACUCUUUAUGGUCAUUCAUUACCUGUCACCACUAUUGAUAUGUCAUCUGACAGCAAACUUGUGAUAACUGGUUCGGCCGAUAAAAGCGUGAAAAUAUGGGGAAUGGAUUUCGGUGAUUGUCAUCGAUCGUUGCAUGCGCAUGAUGAUAUUGUGACAUGUGUGCAGUUCGUUCCAAAAGAGCACUUGUUUUGGUCAUCCGGUAAAGACGGGUUGUUAAAACAGUGGGACGGUGAUAAGUUUGAACGUAUUCAAGUGUUGAGUCUUCAUUCAGCCGAAAUUCGCUCGUUGACGCAGACGAGUAAUGGGAAUUUCAUUGUGUCGGCGUCACACGAUAGAUCAAUAAGAGUAUGGGAAUUAACCGAAGAAAUAAUCGUUUUGCAAGAGGAAGAAGAAAUGGAACGGGAGAAUGAAUACGAAAAGAGAUUAACUGAGCUGGAGGAUGUUGUGCCUGGAGAAGAGAAAGAUAGUCAAGUUGAAUUGGCAUCUAAAAAGAGUGUUAUGAGUAUCCGAUCGGCUGAACAAAUAAUUGAUGCGGUGGAAAUCGCAAGGCAAGAGGUCAUUAAGAAAAUUGAGGAUCCAAAGGGAUCUGUUCAUCCACUGAUGUUGGCUUUGAAAAGUCCGUCGCUUGAUCAUUUCAUAAUUGACGUUAUUCAACGUGUUCCUUCAAGUCAUUUGGAAAAAUGUCUUUUAAUGGUGCCGUUUAACUAUGUACCAGAUAUAUUACGUGCACUCGGCGAAUGUUCAUCGAAACAUUACAAAGCUGAAUUGGCUUGUCGAGUUCUCCUUUUUCUUAUCAAGAUUCAUCACAAUCACAUAAUAAACUCAGAAGACAUGAUUCAUUUGAUCGAUGACUUGCGUAAAAAUGUUCCGUCAGCAAUCAACGAGUUAAGGGAUAUCUGUGGAUUCAAUCUGGCUGCAUUACGCUUGUUUCAAAAAGAAAUUGAAGAACGCAAUCAGACGAAAAUGUUUAUUGAUGUAUCAGAAAUGGUUUCGAAGUCGAAAAAGAAAGUACGGAAGGGUGUCAUCAAAACGUUGGUAUAG